UGCCGAAAUUUUUUGGGUGUAAAGACGGAGGUCGGUGUUAGGUUGGUUCCGCGGGGUUCGAUUCUGGUGCUGGGAUGACGCACCCACACAGGCAGGAAGGUUACCUAGGUUGACUUUAAGGAACGUGGGGCCUGAAGUGGCUUGCAUGGCGCUAAACGCAUCUUUGCUUACCUUAGCUUUGUUAGGUGACCUUUUUCCCACUCAAGCGCCACUGACUGAGGUGUCACUGACGGUCGGGUGCUUUUUGGCCGGAGGUAACGGCGGGAAGAACGGGGUGCGGAAACAUCGGACUGGAGUGGAGGCGAUGACAUGCCCAAGAAGAUCGCCCUCGUUAGGUUGGCAGGCUGCCUCCUUCGCAGCUGUAGCCUCCUGUCCUCUGUCUUUCUAUGAGAGCCCUGAUGAACGGUACUGGCGAUGGCAACUGUCAAGGUUUGUGUUCAAUUGCAGUGAAUAGAGUUGCACAUGGCAGAUAACACAGUUUCCACGUAAGAAUUGAAUGGCGA